UUCAACCAUAAGCUAAAAUUAAACCCAAAAACCAAAGUUCAAAGCUCACUGUAAUAACUGCCCUUCCUUAUAUAAAAAGGUCCAGGAUUCCAUAUCACACCCCCUUCAUAUAUUCUAAUGUAUUCAACAUUCAAUUCUCAUCAGAAAGAUCACACAAACAUGAGCAACAUGAAAAGCAGUGAGAUAUCCCAUUUCAAUCACCCAAAACACAAGCUCAGGUUUGAGUACUCUGAAUUCCCAUUCAAAUGUGAUGGUUGCAAGGAAGUUGGGAUAGGCUCACGCUACAAGUGCUCCUCCAAUUGUGACUAUGAUCUUCACAUGCACUGUGCUAUACCUUCACCAUCUUUGUUCCACCCUUUCUAUCCCAAAUGUUCAUUCCAGUUUCUCUCUAAGCCACCUGGUGACACACCACGUUAUUGCAAUGCAUGUGAGAAGGGUGUAACAGGGUUCGUUUACCAUUGCAUGUCAUGUGGUUUUGACCUUCACCCUUGUUGUGCUAAGCUUCCAAUGGUGCUUGAUGAUGGGGAAGUGAAGCUAUAUCUAUAUAGGAAAGUGAGUUCACCAUGUCACCGUUGUGGGCAAAAGGGUCGAAGCUGGAGUUAUAGGUCUUCUUGCAAGAAGUAUAAUCUGCAUGUGGCGUGUGUGAGGGAGAUGAUUGUGGAAAGUUGGCAUGAGAUUUAUGUUGGAAGUAACAAUGGAAGGAAAAUGGUGGAGACUGGGAUUCCUAGCCUCAAGAAUACUCUGCAGAGUACUCAUAAUAGUAGAAGCAAAGGGAAGGUUAGGAAAUGCUGUGAGAUGGCUGGAUUGGCUGUGCAGAUUGUGGUAUCAGCAGUGUUAGGAGAUCCAACGGCUCUGAUUGCUGGGAUUAUGGGGUCAUUGAUGUCACGGGCUUGAUUUGCAAGGUUGAGAAUCUCUGGUGUAUAGUUGAAUGAAUCCUCUCACGUGACAUGAGUUUUAUAAGAGAGUAUUUUAGUCGAUGAGAUAUAAAUAAAUAAAAAAUUAACUCUUAGUUUAUAUCUGGACGAUUGAUAUCCUCUUACGUGAUAUCAUGUCACAUGAGAUACUCAAUUUCAUAUCAUAUUAGGUCAUGAAGUUUUAAUUUAUGUGUACGUAGAAGAUGUAAGUUAGUAACUAUGGCUGUGUUGCUCCAAAUCCUAAAUAUUGUUUAAAACUAUGUGAUGAAUAUGUCAAUAUGAGUUUUUAUCU